AACGUCGUCUAUUUUGAUAGUCGUUGUGGUUGUCGCUCGACGUCUCGCCUCGGCUCUUCUCUCUUCUGAUAGAAGCACGAAACUGCUCUUACCGACCCGAGACCUCUUUCUAACGUCAAUCACACAUUUUCCGUCACGUUUAAACCAAACACUCGAACGCCUUCUCCAAUCUCGGAGACCUCUGAUCCUUCUACACAUUCAACCAACUCCUUCCCUGAAAUACCUCAACCCCGACUUUCAAUCUCUAUUCAACCUCCUUUUCAAGCCCCUAAACCGUCGUCACAUUCUACCAUGUCUACUUCCGGCUCAAAAUCUGAUAAGACGCUCUUGUCUCGCCCUGAUGACUUCAGUGGUGUCAAGGGGACCGUUUCCUUCAAAACCUGGUGGCGACAGGUCCGCGUAAUGUUCGAAGCGGAACCUAAGAUUUUCACAGAUGAUAAAAAGAAGGUUUUAUUCGCUACGUCUUGCAUGAAGGGAGGUAGUGCUGGUCUUUGGGCUGACAACUAUACCGAAGAACAGUUUUCCUUACCUUCCGCUCAACGUUGGAGUUUUGUCGACUUCGAGGCCGCUCUAAAGGCUUCGUUCGACGAUGCAAAUGCCAAGCGCGAGGCUCAACGUCAACUUGAGCUCUUAAAGCAGGGCAGCUUAACUGCGGAAGAGUUCUUUGUUCAAUUCGAUCAGCUUGCUCGAACCGCAGGAUGGUCCGCAGGGAGUGAUGAUCAUUUGAAUCUCCUUCUUGAACGAGCUCUCAAUUCUCGCCUUGUGGAUCGUAUCUGGGAAAGUUCUGACACUAUCAAGGCCGGAACCUUCGCAGCCUGGAAGGCAAAGGCGAUCGAGCAAGAUCAACUCUAUCGUCAACGUGAGGCUCGUCGUCAGCGUCCUCACCUGCCUGUCCCUCCUCCACCCCGAGCAAACUCUACCCAGACUCCGCGUUCCACUUCCUCUCCCCAACAAUCUUCUUCUGCGACCCCGACUAUGGGAACUUUUAGUGGUCAAGGUCUUCCUAUGGACGUCGAUGCUUGUCGUCGUCAAGGAUUAUGUUUCAAGUGUGGCAGACACGGUCACUUAGCUAAAGACUGUCUUCAAGGAAAACCAGCGGCGAUACGAGCGGUCCUUGAAGAACUGCCUGAAGAAGAUAAGGAGGAUAUGAAGAAGUGGUUGGGUGAAAAGGGUUUUUAAGAAAGUCGGGAGGUGGCGCGCCCUCUCUGACCAAUUUGAGUUCUUCAUUUUCUCUACCUUGUAACUUCCAGUAUGCAAACACGAAACCUUAUGUUGAAGAGA